AUGUUGUCGAGGCAGUUGCACGGUCAGAGAGAGAUCUCCGUUCGAAUUCUACAAGCUGGGCGGGCGUUUGCCACCAAGGGCGCAGCAGGUUUGGACGCUACGCCUUUGGAUCAAGCAAAACCCUACUCGGAGAUACCUGGUCCCAGUAGAUUCAACUUUAUUCGCUCUUUCUUGCCGGGCGGUCGCUAUAGCAAUAAGCCGGUGCAUAAAAUGUUUUUGGAUAUGAAUAAACGGUUUGGGGACAUUUUUCGCAUGCCUGGCAUUGCUGGCAAAGAGAAUAUGGACCAUUUCAAAAGGGUUCACAGACGUGAUAUUUUCGAUGGUGCUGAUGGUUUAACAUCAGGAAAUGGACCCGCAUGGGGUAAGUUGCGAACAGCCGUUAAUCCGAUUUUGCUGCAGCCACGCAAUGCCAAAUUAUAUGUAAACAAUAUUCUGCAGGUAAAUGAUGAGUUACUGGAGCGCAUACGUGCCAUAAGAGAUCCCAAGACUCAAGAGAUGCCUGCUGCCUUUGUCGAGGAGAUUCGCCGCCUAGUCCUGGUAUCCAUUUGUUCGGUGGCACUCAGUACGCUGGCGGAGAAUCUGGAGAGCGAGGAGGCAAAGCAAAUGAUUAAGGCAUUGGCGAAUAUAGUUGAGUUGAGCUUCCUAUUGCCACUGAUUUGGAAGUAUUUACCAGUGCCUAUGUUUAAGACCCUAAUGCGUUCUCUGGACACCAUCGCAGAGUUUUGCUAUAAUCACAUUCAGCAGGCGCUGAAGCGCAUUGAGGAAGAUGCCCGAGAUGGACGCCUGAGCACCAAGCCAGGCAUGGAGACGAGUAUUCUAGAGAAACUGGCGCGUUCCAAUCGCCAGACGGAUGUGAUUAUUGCCUUAGGUCUUUUAUUUGCCGGCGUGGAUCCCACCCUUGUCAGUCUGACGGGCAUUCUACUUAGCCUGUCGAAGAACCCCGCACAGCAAGCGCGACUGCUCAAGGAGAUUAGGGGAGUGCUGCUCGAGAAGAACUCACCACUGUCCAUAGAAAAUAUGAAGCACUUGCCACAUCUGCGUGCGUGCAUCAAGGAGGGCAUUCGCAUGUCUUGGAGAUUUGGGGUUAUAGGUGCAGGCUUACUGAUUGAAACAUCGGGCCCAUGACCAUUAAUAACACGAGGAGUUUUCUUUAGAGGUUAUGUUUAUAUAUAUAAGUUUCAAUAUCUUUUUGUCA